AAGGGUUUUAUGGGUGUUGAUCAGCUCAAGCAGCUCUACAGAGAUAAGUUCUUUGGAAAAUCCAAGGAGAAGAUGGUUGAGUUCUUGCAAAGCUCAGUUGGAAUCAUUCACAGAAACCAUGCUGAGAGUAUCACCACAUUUAUCAAAAAGAGCGUGGAUGAAGAGUUGAAAGAGAAGAACUUAGAUUCUGAUGUGAAGUCAGCACAAAAGAAACGACUUACUUUCUGUGUUGAGGGAAACAUUAGUGUUGGAAAAACAACCUUUCUGCAGAGAAUAGCUAAUGAGACACUUGAAUUGCAAGAUCUUGUUGAAAUAGUUCCCGAGCCUAUUGACAAGUGGCAGGAUAUUGGACCAGAUCACUUUAACAUAUUAGAUGCAUUCUAUGCGGAGCCACAAAGAUAUGCUUACACAUUUCAGAACUAUGUUUUCGUUACUAGAGUUAUGCAGGAGAGAGAAUCAUCUGGUGGUAUCAGGCCCCUCAGGUUGAUGGAGAGAAGUGUUUUCAGUGACAGGAUGGUCUUUGUAAGAGCUGUUCAUGAAGCAAACUGGAUGAAUGAGAUGGAGAUCAGCAUUUAUGACUCAUGGUUUGACCCAGUUGUUUCAACGUUGCCUGGACUGAUUCCUGAUGGCUUUAUUUACCUUAGAGCAAGCCCUGAUACAUGUCACAAGAGAAUGAUGUUGCGUAAGAGAGAAGAGGAAGGUGGAGUUUCCUUGGAAUAUCUGCGAGACUUGCAUGAAAAGCAUGAAAGCUGGCUUUUCCCAUUUGAAAGUGGAAAUCAUGGGGUAUUGUCUGUUAGUCAGCUACCCCUAAACUUCGAUAAAUCCGUACCCCCAGAAAUAAGGGACCGUGUUUUUUAUCUGGAGGGCAAUCACAUGCACCCAAGUAUUCAGAAGGUUCCUGCUUUGGUUCUUGACUGCGAGCCUAACAUUGACUUUAACAGAGAUGUUGAAGCAAAGAGGGAGUAUGCUCGCCAAGUUGCUGAUUUCUUCGAAUUCGUAAAGAAAAAGAAAGAAGAUACGCCAGAAGCUGGAGAAGAACUACCAAAGGGUAAUCAAGCACCGUUUUUGCUGCCUCAAAAUGGAGGUUUGUGGGUACCUGAUGGCAAGUUCUCAGAGUCGGCACUAAAAUCCUUGGAUUUCAGACGAAACAUGUCAUUCAUGUCUCACUAGCGCACACAGCUCGUACUUGCAAAAUCCAGAUGUUGCUGAACGGAAUGUGUUUAUUUUCUCCUUGUAAAAAUGUGUUUGACUACUCAAGUAUCUAACCCGCAGUAGUGUUGGAGUAGGUUGUAUGUGGAUGUUGCUAGGAUGCUGUUUAAAGCUUUGUUCUUUGUUUUGUGUGAAGGCAGUGGGGUUCCUUCUUUUGCUUUGCAGGUUUGAGAAUUGAGUGCAUAUCCAGGCUAACAUGGUUCCGCUUGCAUCUAUGGAAUUGUGGAUUUGAAAUUUAA